AUGAACCCGGCAACAACGGUGAUGACGACAGUCAACAUGCUUCGCCAAGCUGCUUCUCGCUCCGCUGUGCGAGCUGCCGCCGCCUCUUCUUCCUCUUCCUCAGCGUCCGGGUCAUCUCGCACGCUCAGCACCUCCUCUUACGCCUCCGCCGCCGCCGCGGCCAAGUCAGCACGAACAACCCUUCGUCCACAUCCGGUUGUUCUGGGACCAACACAGCUGAAUCGCUACCAGGAACACUACCGCACCACUCUUGCCUCCGAUUUGCUGUACAUGACCUUCGACCCAGCCGUCAACCUCGACCCAUCGCUCCCGCCCUCCUCCACCGCUUCGCCCGCCACCGCUUCCAACCCUGCGUCCUCUGGGGAUAUGCUGGAUCGCCAGCGCUCGUGGGACGCCGAGGAUCCGUACGCCGUCAACCGCCCGCAACGACCUGCGCGAGGUAACCGUCGCCUCUCCCCGCUCACCAAGCCGCUGUCCUCGAGCAACACGCUGCAGGAGAUUGCGCGACUGGACAAGAUCAUCAUUACGUGUUUCAGUAAGGACGCCAUUGCGAACAAGCAUGCGCUCGUGCCACUCAUUGCGCAGAUGCGCGCCAUCACGGGGCUCAGUGUUGAGGGCUCGCUCUCGGAUCCCUCGCUCGGAGCUAUUGGCGCAGGAGCACACCCGACGCGCGGACACAUCGAGAUCAUCCGAGCCAAGUCUGGUGUCGCCAGUUUCAAGCUGCGUCCCGGAAUGCCUGUGGGCGUGAAAGCAGUGCUCCCCGGCCCUGUGGCACACGAGUUCCUUGAAGUGCUCACCACCUUUGUCCUGCCGCGAUUGAGGAGUUUCGCUGGGUUCCCGCUCCCGCCCGCGAGCCAACCGCCCGCGAGCCCCGCGGCCAUGUCCGGCGUCGUGAGCCUGGGCAUGCACCCGGAAGCCAUCCCGCUCUUCCCGCAGAUCGAGAUCAACUUGGACCAGUACCCCAACAAGCCGCUCGGCUUCCAGAUCGACUGCAUCACCAACCAGCGAGGCAAGAAGGCUACCGAGAAGGCCAGGGCGCUGCUGUCCGGCUUGGGCAUUCCGUUUGUUCGCAGAGGUGAUAUGUAA